UGGCCGCGGAGUGCGAUGUAAAUAUUGUUGCCGCUCGUGAAACACAUUACACAGGUAUCAGCUCGGUGGGACGGCUUUCGUGCAUGCGUGAAUGGUUACAUAAUAAGAUUGAAAAGUGUGAAGUAACUUCUACUAAAUAAGGAAAAUAAAUGGAAUUGAAAGCACCUGGUGGUAGCAGCUGUGUUCGGAGGGUACGGAGUGGAGUAUUACGGAUUUGGUGAAACACGGUACCAUUGGAGUUUUAAAAAAAUCAGCAAUUGAUCAGUGAGUGGAAUAGACAACUUAAUUGGUUAGUUGUCCGGACAUUACGUUACACCAAAACAUACCAGAAACUGUUUAAAUUGAACAUAAUCAUAACACACGCGAAUCAUACCAGCCGGAAAGUAACUACCAGUCAAUUUACGGACCUACGAUGGCCCGUCACUUUAUGGCGGUUUGUGUCGUGUGCCUGCUCUGUGCGGAUCAUGUACACUGCAAGCAACACUUUGCCGACGAUGGUAGUAAAUCGCGCGACACCGCUGGCCGGUCGGAUACGACGAUACGCGACGUACGAUCGCUGAUCGAUCUUCGGUACGAACCAGUGGCCAACACUGUCACAGGAUUCCAGGCGACCAACGAUCAUGACUGGAAGAGCAACGAUGGAAGCCAUCGGAUAAUGAAGCGACAUGCCCAUCACCAUCACCAUCACGAUGAUGUUGAGGAGAAGGAAACAGUUGGCGAAACGCAAACCGAGUUUGACCGGUUAAUGAAAGACAAGAUGGAUCAGGCGAUGAGAAAAAUUUUCACCGAAUACGGCAACCCGGCAUUAAUGACCAUGGAUGUGCAAGGGUUCGAACGGAUGGCGCGUCAAUUGGGUAUGUUUCGACUAAUACCGGGAGUAGUAACAGGUGACGUUGGGCACACACUGCAGGAUAUUACUACUAGUGAGUCACCACUGCAGCAGGAGGAUCCUCUAAAGUGCAUUAGCAGUAAUGAAUUUCUACGGCGCAUUACACCACCGAUGAUACGGUCCCAGGAAUGGGAAGAUGCAGCUAAAGGUGAUAAAAGUAGUUACGAAUUUGGAAAAGAAGGCAGCAAUAGCACGUCAAGCGGAGUCAGUAAUUCCGCUGAUGGGCGUAACGUUAAGGACGACACGACAGCAAAAUUUAUUUUAUCAAACGAUAAUAUACAAAACAUUAGCAUAAGCAACAGCAGCACUAAUAGUAACAGCAGUGGUAGUAGUACUAACAGCAGUAGCAUUGAGGAUCAACCGCUUGACCAAAUAGUUUCAGCGGAAGAAAGAAUAAAUGGGAGUAGCCACAACGAAAGCGCUUCAUCGGAACGUCCCACUCGCGUUGAAUCCACCGUUAUGCUGCGUGAUCGCGAUCUUUAUAAUGUGUGCCCGAUGCUGCUGGGUCAUUUACUGUCGAAGGUGCCACAGGAACGGUCCGGUUGUUUUGGUGAGGAAAGUGUACCGCCACUGCAGGUGAGCAGUCUACAAGAGCAGAACGAUCCUCACCAACAUCAUCACCACCAUCACCAUCACCGCGAAGGUGGUUCCUCUGAGGCUGCCGUAUGGAUUUACUCUUCCAUUGCGAUACUGGGCGUGAGUUUGUGCGGGUUGCUCGGUGUGGCCGUCAUACCGUGCAUGGAAAAACAUUUCUACCAUCACGUGAUACAGUUCCUGGUAGCGCUCGCAAUCGGUACGCUGUGCGGGGAUGCACUGCUACAUCUGCUACCGCACGCCAUGCUGUCCUCGCUGGAUAAUGCCCGAGCGGCACAUGAUUCGAUGAUGUACAAGGGCCUUGCGGCGGUGCUGGGGAUCGUGUUCUUUUACUUUAUGGAGCGUUUCCUGACCGUGAUCGCGGAAUGGUGCAAGACGCGACAGAAAAAGGACAAACCACCGUCCCGGGUGCGUGUGAUGCGUGAUCCGGAGUCAACCUCGUUGCAUGCAUCGAGUGCCGGUGAGAAACAGUGCAAGCACAAGUACAGCUCCUACCCGUACUGCUACGAUGAGAUCGCGAUGGACACGAAGGACGAUCAUCACGAGCACAACACAAACGGCACGAACGAAAAUCACAACAGUGCGCUGGCCAAGUGUGCCAACCAUCAUCACAACGGCGAACUAACCGCGGACCACGGUGCGGAGUACACUGGACUGAACAACCAUCAUGCGCAUAACACGCAAAGCAACCAUCAGUCGCUGCGGGAGGAUGCGAACGAUAAUAAUACGGUAUCGACCAAUCUGGACGAAGGAUCGAUUGAGAGCGAGCAGGGUAACAAUCACCAUCAUACCGGUAGGCAGGGCAGCAAAUGUUCGGAACAAACGAGUGGGAAACUGCGCCCGGAGAAUUACACGAUCAUCUUGCGCGAGCACGAAACCAAGCACCACGGCCAUUCGCAUACACACGGACACGUCCAUUCGCCACCGGGAUCGCUAUCAGCUGUCGCCUGGAUGGUGGUAAUGGGUGAUGGGUUGCAUAACUUCACCGAUGGCAUGACGAUCGGAGCAGCGUUUGCGAACAAUAUUGCGGGCGGUUUCUCGACCGCUAUUGCCGUGUUUUGCCAUGAGCUGCCGCACGAACUUGGUGACUUUGCGGUGCUGCUGAAGGCGGGCAUGUCGGCCAAGGAAGCCGUCUACUAUAAUCUGCUUUCCUCCUUGCUCAGCCUGCUCGGUAUGGUGGUCGGUAUUAUUGUUGGCCACCAGCCGGAAGCAUCCGCUUGGGUGUUUGCCGUUGCGGCCGGCAUGUUCCUGUAUAUUGCUAUGGUGGAUAUGAUUCCCGAACUCACCUCAUCCCAUGGUGCAGAAGAACGUUGCAAAACAUCCGAAUUUUUGUUGCAGUUCCUUGGGUUGACGCUUGGAUUCAGCAUCAUGAUGAUAAUAGCUAUGUACGAGCACGAUCUAAUGCUGCUGUUUGUCGAUUAAGCAUCUGGAAGUGCAUCUGGGAGGUUGGUUGGUACAGCACAAUGCAAAAGUUACAGAGUCCGCAGGAUGGGAACUCAACCACUCCUCUCUAGCCUAGCGGUUAAUAAUCAGUUCCUCGACGCCUAGCGUCGUCCUCGUGCUCUGCGGAGCGUACCGCGGAAAGUAUACAUCAAGCAGAAGUUCAAGCUUGUCUGCACAAGCUCGCCAGUGUCUCUAUCCAUAACACACGUAGACCUCAAUGGCGUCUAGCAUCAUAUACACCUGUACAGUUAAGAUAUUGGCAACGGAAAGCCGGGAUAAAAGUCGAAAAGAGAAACAAAAAAUGUAGCUACUACUCUUGCUAUUUCUCAGCAGUUUUAUCAGGUUUAGCAGAAUGCAUGGAAGCAAAAUCUUAAGAAAGGAGACCCAUAUGGCAAACAACAAUAUGCAGUAAUAAGUGCAAGGAAGAUGGAAAGCUUCUUCCUGCGUGUAAGAAUAUUGUGAUCAUUUGCGUAAAAUCAGAAUCAGAAGCAUUGUCCCUAACCAAAAUAAUCAAGAGCAAAAAUGGAACUGACUCCUUAACAAAACUACUAAUUAACGUCAGCAAAAUGGCGAUCCUUGUACAGUACUGUAUCAUUACGAGUUCGGCUUUUGGCGUUCUUGUCAAAACGGCCAUCCCCGCAGUCGUGUUGUGAGUGAGCGACGGAAACGUUGUAAAUGUUUUCCCGCCCGUUCAAAUCAACACUUCCUCGUCUAACUGUCGGUAGGGUUCUCAUAUUUUCCCUUCAAUAGCAUCUAGAGUGGUAGGUUUUCUAAACACAACAAAGAAAAAAAAACAAUAUUGAAUUGCUUCUUCAAGCUCAGAUAAAUAACACGAAAAGUAUUACAAAACUUAUUGCAUGUUACUACAACAAAUAGAAACCACAUACCCCCACAACCGUACACAAAAAUGGGAUGAUCUGGAAUCGUGUACAUUAGGCGCACGCCGGUCCACCAAUCGGUGUCAUCCCUAUUGGGAUAUUUGGAUUAAUUUUGGAUUUAUCUUAAUUUUUAAGUUCGUUUUUGCGCCCCUUUCCUCUAUCUGCCAAUAAUAUUUAAGGUUUUGCAUACUUUGUAAACUUUUUUUUUGCGCGCGUAGUACUUGUUUUUCACUGAUGACGGAAAUCUUUUUUAAAUUCGUUUUUUUUUUUUGUACAUUGAAAAUAGAAUUUUUAGCAGUGUUUAUAUUGUCCAAUUAAAACAUACUGUCCACAGCUUCAACGUUGUACUUAGAUGAUACUUUUACUGUAUCAGAUCAUAGUAUCUUAUUAUUUGUAGACUCAAAGAUAACGUUUUCUCCUAUAACCGCCGACGUCGAUCUUGUGACUUGAAUUAUCCAUAGACGAAUAGUUGUCUGCAUAAUGCAACUAUACUAUUCGACCAGCCAAUAAUUAAUUCUUAUAGAUUAUCAUCUGCAAUCAAUAACAGUUCUGUCUUAAGUGAAGCAUUUCUCUGCAGCUGUACAUAGCACCGUUCGAAUAUGCAAUCGUUAUAGGUGGCUAUUUGAGUUAUUCGGUUUAGACAUCCUGUGAAGCAUUUGGCAUGGUAGCGCAAGUAGAUAGUACUACGAAAAAAGUCUGGAGAAAUGAACAGAGAUAGAGACAGAGACAAAAUCAGCUCAUCUCAUCAUCAGAAACAACUUUUCUUUGCUUCACAACACUAUAGUCUUAAGUAGAAUAACAAAUGUUGGUAGUCUUUUACGCGUCGUCGAUGUUUUUUCUUGUUUUAUGUUUUCAUUAUCUUUUUCUAUCCGGUUUAUUUUCACGCUUUCAAAAACAAUGUAGCGGGCAAAACAUAAUAAACUGAAAACGAUGGAGUAACA